AUGCCGUCCACCGAGCCCAUCGAACCGUCCACCGAGCCAAUCAUGCCGUCCACCGAGGAACGUUACGGCCAAAUGUGCUGGCUCGCCAUCCCGGUCAUAGACAUUGAGCGGGCCAAGGCCUUUUACUCCCAAGUCUUUUCCUGGGACAUCAGCCCCGACGGCGUCCCUCACCAGAGACCCGGCGUGAAAGAGCUGCACUUCUUCAACUGCGGCGAUACGUUGCAUGGCGCAUUCUACGUGAUGGAGGAUGGAUUCCACGUCAUCAACCACUCGAUAGAUUUCCAGGACGGUCUGGCUGUACACCCGAGCUUCAACGUCAGGAACUGCAAAGAGACGCUUGAACUGGUGGAGACACUCGGCGGCAAAACGCAACUUCACAAGUCUGAUCUUGGUGGCCACAUGGGCCAUUACGCCCGCUUCAUCGAUACCGAGGACAACAUGAUUGGGAUCUGGUCCAAAAUCUGACUUGAAU